AUGUCACAUAAUUUAGCCAACCAGGACUUUGGGUCCGAUGAGGAGGAUGAUGACUUCAACCCCGCUCCCGCCGAGGACUCUGAUAACGAAGAUGUAAAGCCUGCGAGUAAACCAGCCGCCGACUCGGAUGACGAAGAAGAAGAAGACACGAAGCCCAACGGUAGCCGAGCGACUGCACAGCCAAAGGACGAAGAUGAUGAGGAUGAUGAUGAGGACGGCGACGGUCGCGAAGACGAUGAAGAAGAGGGCGACAAUGACGACGAGGAGGAGGAGGAAGAGGAAGACGAAGACGACGAAGAUGCCGUUUCUGUGCACUCUUUGCGCUUUACACAGGGUCGUCCGAAAAAGCGAAGAAGGCGAGGAGGUGUGCACUCCUUCUUCGAAGAAGAGGCCGGUGUCGAUGAGGAUGAGGAUGAAGCAGAAGAUGAGGAAGACGAAUUGGCUGAAUUCGGAGCGGAGAUGCACCCAGACGACAUGGAUGCGCUGCCUGUUGGUGCAGAGACGGACGAUCGUCGACACCGACAACUUGAUCGUCAGCGUGAGCUCGAGGCUAGCAUGGACGCCGAGAAGCAGGCUCAGAUGCUCAAAGAGCGGUAUGGACGAAACCGCAUGAAUGCUUCUGACGCCGUCGUCGUCCCGAAGCGACUGCUCCUUCCCAGUGUCGAAGAUCCUAGUAUCUGGGGUGUUCGCUGUAAAGCCGGAAAGGAGCGUGACGUCGUAUUCGCAAUCCAGAAGCGCAUGGAGGAGAGACCAAUGGGUUCUCGAAAGCCCAUCAAGAUCAUUUCUGCUUUUGAGCGUGGGGGUGCUAUGAGCGGCUACAUUUAUGUGGAAGCCCGCAGACAGGCCGAUGUCAUGGAAGCGCUGGAAGACAUGACCAACGUUUAUCCCAGAUCCAAGACAAUCUUGGUCCCUGUGAGGGAAAUGCCCGAUCUUUUGCGUGUACAGAAAUCCGAAGAGCUUGUACCUGGUGGAUGGGUUCGCAUCAAGCGUGGCAAGUACAUGAACGAUUUGGCCCAGAUCGAAGAGGUCGAAACAAAUGGUCUGGAUGUUACUGUCCGAUUGGUCCCACGACUGGAUUAUGGAUUGAACGAAGACACUGGUGCACCAGUAGUCGACCCCAAGAGAAAGCGUCCUGGCAUGAACCCAGCAGUUGCUCGCCCCCCUCAACGUCUAUUCAGCGAAGCAGAGGCAAAAAAGAGGCAUGGCAAGUAUCUAUCGGCUACUUCAGGUCUUGGUGGAAAGUCAUGGGGUUAUCUGAACGAGACCUAUGUCGAUGGUUUCCUGAUCAAGGACAUGAAGGUCCAGCACCUGAUCACAAAGAAUGUCAACCCUCGGCUAGAGGAAGUCACCAUGUUUGCUCGUGGCUCUGAGGAUGGCACAUCUAACCUAGACCUUGCCUCCCUUGCCGAGACUCUCAAAAAUGCUACAGCUGAAGACUCGUACCUUCCGGGUGAUCCAGUUGAGGUGUUCCGUGGUGAACAGCAGGGCUUGGUUGGUCGCACCAGCUCUACCCGUGGAGAAAUUGUGACUUUGCAGGUCACCGAAGGCGACCUGGCGGGCCAGAUGAUCGACGCUCCUGUAAAGUCGCUCCGCAAGCGCUUCAGGGAAGGUGACCAUGUCAAGGUCAUUGGCGGUAGCAGAUACCAAGAUGAGUUGGGUAUGGUGGUACAGGUAAAGGACGAUACAGUGACUUUGCUCAGUGAUAUGAGCAUGCAGGAGAUUACGGUUUUCAGUAAAGACCUUCGACUGUCUGCUGAAACUGGUGUUGACGGAAAACUCGGCAUGUUUGACGUGCAUGACCUCGUUCAACUAGAUGCUGCCACCGUUGCUUGUAUCAUUAAAGUUGACCGUGAAUCCUUACGAGUCCUGGAUCAGAAUGGCUCCAUCCGGACCAUUCUUCCCACGCAGGUCACAAACAAGAUUACUCCCCGUAGAGACGCUGUAGCGACCGAUCGCAACGGUGCCGAGAUUCGACAUGGGGAUACUGUUCGGGAGCUUUACGGUGAGCAGAGGAAUGGACUCAUUCUUCACAUCCACCGCUCGUUCCUGUUCUUGCACAACAAGGCCCAAGCCGAGAACGCAGGUAUCAUUGUUGUGCGCACCACGAAUGUUGUUACAGUGUCGACGAAAGGAGGUAGAUCUAGCGGGCCCGAUCUGACCAAGAUGAACCCUGCUUUGAUGAAGCAGAACAUGCCCGGCGGCGGUGGCUCGAUGGGUCCUCCUAAGAGCUUUGGUCGUGACCGGAUGCUCGGGAAGACCGUCAUGGUGCGAAAGGGCCCAUUCAAGGGUCUGGUUGGAAUUGUCAAAGAUUCGAGUGAUACUCAAGCACGCGUCGAGCUCCAUUCCAAGAACAAAUUGGUGACCAUACCCAAGGAAAUUCUUGUCGUCAAAGACCCUGUUACUGGUGCGACGGUUGAUAUGCCUCGCGGACGUGGAGGACCACGUGUUCCCCAUGGAGCUUCUGCUGGACCACCCUCUGGCUGGCACGGGGGCCGCACUCCGAUGGGUGCUGGCGAUUCUUCCAGGACACCCGCCUGGGGUGGUCCUUCUUCAUCGAGGACACCUGCUUGGUCAGGAGGCGGAGGCGGUUCUCGCACCCCGGCAUGGAGAAUGGAUGGAUCCCGGACGUCCAACCCUUACGACGGCAGCCGUACUGCGUAUGGUGGCAGUGGCUCACGCACUCCGGCUUGGAACUCGGGCGCAAGAACUCCUUAUGACUCUGGUUCUGGAUCGAGCGGUUUCGAUGCCUUUGCAGCCGGGUCUCGGACUCCAGCCUGGGGUGCCAGCUCCGGUAGCCGAACCCCCGCCUGGUCUGGUGGCGCUACAGCGAGUGGAAGCAGAGAGUCCCGUGGCUACGAUGCACCAACGCCUGGCGGAGACUUCGGUGCUCCCACCCCAGGCGCCUACGCCGCUCCGACGCCUGGAGCGUCCGCGCCCACGCCUGGAGGCUGGGCUGACAGUGCCCCGACACCCGGCGCUUUCAACGCCCCAACCCCAGGCGGCGCUCCCACGCCAUAUGAUGCCCCUACCCCGGCAAUUGGUGGAGCAGCAGCUACCCCGGGAGCAGGACCAUAUGGAGAUGGAGAUGAUGGCGGGCCUCGAUAUGAGGAGGGAACGCCGAGCCCUUGA